AUGGACAGCAACAAGUCCGACGAUAAACUCAUGGAUACAGAGCCUGGCGGCGAGAAUACUCAAUACGAGUCCAUCAAGACGCACACUGUGCCCACGGAGAAGCAGAGAGGACAGCUGGGUUCCGGCCCAAAUACGUCCGAAGCAUCCUCGAUGUCCCAAGACCGCGGACAGCAGACUGCAGACAAUAUAAGAUAUGGCCAAAACGUCUCCGAAUCCGGGAUGGGAGGCAAAACAACCACUUCAUCUGGGGUCGCAGCUCAAGAAGGAUAUGGUGGUACUCCAGAUAAAGCUGAAGGUCAGGAAGACACCCGAUCGCAGCAGGGAUAUGGAUCAGGAUCAGGAGUCGGAGCAUGA